AUGCAGUUUCGCCUCUUCUCUUUUGCCCUCAUUAUCCUGAACUGUAUGGAUUACAGCCACUGCCAAGGCAACCGAUGGAGACGCAACAAGCGAGCUAGUUAUGUAUCAAAUCCCAUUUGCAAGGGUUGCUUGUCCUGUUCAAAGGACAAUGGAUGCAGCCGAUGUCAACAGAAGUUGUUCUUCUUCCUUCGAAGAGAAGGCAUGCGCCAGUAUGGAGAGUGCCUGCAUUCCUGCCCAUCAGGGUACUAUGGACACCGAGCACCAGAUAUGAACAGAUGUGCAAGAUGCAGAAUAGAAAACUGUGAUUCUUGCUUUAGCAAAGACUUUUGUACCAAGUGCAAAGUAGGCUUUUAUUUGCAUAGAGGCCGUUGCUUUGAUGAAUGUCCAGAUGGUUUUGCACCAUUAGAUGAAACCAUGGAAUGUGUGGAAGGAUGUGAAGUUGGUCAUUGGAGUGAAUGGGGAACUUGUAGCAGAAAUAAUCGCACAUGUGGAUUUAAAUGGGGUCUGGAAACCAGAACACGGCAAAUAGUUAAAAAGCCUGCAAAAGACACGAUACCAUGUCCAACCAUCGCUGAGUCCAGAAGAUGUAAGAUGGCCAUGAGGCAUUGUCCAGGAGGGAAGAGGGCACCCAAGGCAAAGGAGAAGAAGAACAAGAAAAAGAAGAGGAAGCUGAUAGAAAGAGCCCAGGAGCAACACAGCGUCUUCCUAGCUACAGACAGGGCUAAUCAGUAA